GAGGGGCCGCAGCGCUGCGGGCGGUGGGGCCGCGGGUUCGAGUUCGGGCGCUGGCGGCGGUGGGGCGGCCAUGGCGCGGCGGGCCGUGUUGUUCGACCUUGGCGGCGUGCUCUUCGGGCCCGGCCUGCAGCACUUCCUGGGCUCCUGCGAGCGAGACUGCGCUCUGCCCAGGAAUUUCUUGCAGAAGGUCUUGUUGGCCGGCGGCUCCGACAGUCCUUAUUCCAGAGCGAUGAGGGGACAGAUCACCUUGUCCCAGCUUUUUUCGGAGAUGGAAGAGGGCUGCAGGCAACACGCCUCCGCCUCCGGCAUUGUCCUGCCCGCCACCUUCUCUGUCUCCCGAGCCUUUGAGGAGAUGGCGGCCAAGGGGACGGUCAAUGCCCCCCUUCUGCAGGCAGCGAGGGUGCUGCGGAGGAAUGGGUUUAAGACCGGUGUCCUCACCAACAACUGGGUGGACGACAGCGCCGGGCGGCUCUUCACGGCCACGCUGAUGAACCUGCUGCGCCGCCACUUCGACCUGGUGAUCGAGUCCUGCCGGCUCAGAGCGCAGAAGCCGGACCCCGAGAUCUACACCUACGCCCUGGAUGCGCUGCAGGCGAAGCCGCAGGAGGUCAUCCUCCUGGACGACAUUGGGGAGAAUUUGAAGCCGGCCCGGGAGAUGGGCAUGGCCACCAUCCUCGUCAGGGACACCGAAACCGUCCUGAAGGAGCUGGAGGAGCUCUCAGGUGUCCAGCUUCUUACCCAAGAAGAGCCGCUGCCAACUGCGGUUGAUCCAUCCAACGUGACCCACGGAUACGUGCCCAUCCGGCCUGGCGUCCAGCUGCACUUUGUGGAGAUGGGACAUGGCCCCGUUGUCUGCCUCUGCCACGGCUUCCCCGAGUCCUGGCUCUCCUGGCGCUACCAGAUCCCAGCUCUGGCUGAUGCCGGCUUCAGGGUGAUCGCUCUGGAGAUGAAGGGCUACGGGGAGUCCACGGCCCCACCAGACAUAGAAGAAUAUUCCCAGGAGCAGAUCUGCAAGGACCUGGUGGUUUUCCUGGACAAACUGGGCAUCCCGCAGACGGUGCUGGUCGGCCACGACUGGGGCGGUGCCGUGGUCUGGAACAUGGCUCUCUUCUACCCCGAGAGGGUGAGAGCCGUGGCCUCGCUGAACACCCCGUACCGACCCGCCGACCCCAGCGUGGACAUCGUGGAGAAGAUGAAAUCCUACCCCACCUUCGAUUACCAGUUCUACUUCCAGGAGCCGGGCGUCGCAGAAGCGGAGCUCGAGAAGGACAUCGGCCGCACCCUGAAGGUCCUGAUCCGCUCCACGCGCCGGGAGGACCGCCUGCCCUUCGCGCUCAACUUCCACGGGGUCCGGGAGCGAGGGGGGCUGCUGGUGGGCUUCCCAGAAAACCCCCCCGCCAGCCAGAUCCUGCCCGGCCCCGAGCUGCAGUACUACAUCCAGCGCUUCGAGAAAUCCGGCUUCAGUGGCCCCUUGAACUGGUACCGCAACAUGCGACCCAACUGGCGCUGGGCGCUCUCUGCCAAGGACAGGAAGAUCAUGGUGCCAGCGCUGAUGGUGACGGCCGGGAAGGACGCGGUGCUGCAUCCCAGCAUGAGCAAGGGCAUGGAGGAGUGGAUCCCGCGGCUGCGCCGGGAGCACUUGGAGGAGUGCGGGCACUGGACGCAGAUGGAGAGGCCGGCGGCGCUCAACAGGAUCCUGCUGGAGUGGCUGGAGGGGCUCCCCCCCGACACCCCCCUGCCCAAGAUCUCCAGGCUGUGAGCGAAGCCCCCGGCCCUGCCUCGUGCCUUCCCCCCUCCCCAGGCUGAUUUUUUUACCUUUAGGGUUUGAUUUCUACCUUUAAGGCUUGAUUUUUACCUUUAGGGCUCGAUUUUUGCCUUUAAGCCUUGAUUUUUGCCUUUAGGGUUUGAUUUUUGCCUUUAGGGCUCGAUUUGUAUUUUUCGGGGGGGGGUGGGAGUGGGGGGGCGGUUUGGGUGGCAGCGAUGGACGAGCCGGGGCCAGGAGGAGGGUGGCGCAGAGCAUCGCCCCCGCUUUGUGCGGCUCAAAGGGUCCCGGUGAGCUCUCGGGGCUGGGGGGGGGGGGGUGUCCCGGGGUGCUGGGAGAUGGUUUGGGGCUGGACCCAUCCCAUCCUCGUGCCGUGGGGCUGCCGCAUCACCCCCACCCCCUAUGCCGGGGGGUUUGGCCGGAGGCAGGGAUGCCCUGGAUGGCGGCCGCUUGCACCGCGUGGUUGGUUUUGGUGGGGAGGGUUUUAAUGCCCUAAUAAUAACCGAUACCGCCUGAUCUCCUCGUUAACGUCGAGAAAUAAAGCACAACAGUGACCCGAGCGCCCCGGCU